AUGGAAACAGAGCAAACAGAAAUUGUUAUUAUUGGUCACGUCGAUUCGAGCAAAUCAACAGUUAUUAGUCAUCUUAUUUAUAAAAUGGGUAAGCUUGGCUUGAAAACAACAAUGAAAUUUAAAGAAACUACUGGUAUAACUGAUCCUAUUAAGCUUGUCGAAGGUUUGUUUUGCUUUUUUAUAAAUUUUUCCAAAAAAUUAGCUAUAAAUGGAGAUUGUGCAGUCUUAAUCGUUGACUCUGGAAUUGGACUUAAUUACAUGGAUAAGAUUUUUUACAACAUGGGGGCAAUGCAUAUUGCUAGUAUGAAUAAUGUCAAGCAACUUAUUGUUGCUUGUAAUAAGGUAGUUAACCACCCUUUUCUGAAGUGA